AUGUCAUCCAACUCGGAAUUCGUUCGAUUCGUAGCGGACCGUGCCAAUAAAUCGCACGCAAAGCAGAUCAUACACAAUGCCACUGCUGAUUACGACACGAGUCAAGAUCUGACAGCCUUUCGAAAGAGAGCCCUAUAUGUCCAUAGGACUAUGGACAACAAUUCAGCGGUGCUCCUCGAGAACACGAUCAACAACUCCAAUGUAGAGGAGACUGUAGAGGCGAUAUUCGUCGUAGCCGGUAUCCUCAUUCAAAGCAACCUGCCGCCAAUCAGAACGAAAGCUCAACUACCAGAUCAGAUUACAUCCGCUGCUCAGGAGGUGUCUAUCAUCGCCGCGGACGCUGAUCAUUUCGACAAAGCUGUAGCCGCCAUAGAGGACAUCCGGGAUAUGUUCGGAUUAGAGUUCCCAAGCGGAGCACUGAAAUCAGCAGACCAUAACCUGUUUGAAGGCGAGCUGGGACUCACGUUUGGAACACGUUAUUUCACCCCAUCCCAUAUAUGCAAGAACGACACUGGGGAGAAGCUGCCCGCCGAAAUAGACCCAUUGGGCAUACUGACCAAAGCAGCGAGGGGCAAAGGGAAGUUUCUGCUGGAGAAUAUGGUUCUAUAUCACCAGCAUAAAGGAGCGCAUUCAGACACAAAGUGGUUUGAUAUCGAGCCGAGCCGAUUCAGGCUGGGCCAGGUGGUACAACUUGAGGUGGCUUUUCGUGUCAUACCAACCUCCUCCAAAUCCCAUUAUCGAAUGGUCCCUUUGCUACGUAGCCUGGCAUUGCUGAACAGUGAUAUAUACACUGCAUGGGAGCAAAUCAUCCGCAGCUCCAAGAAACCCCCUACCCAUAGGAUUCAAUUCAAACGAAGCACCGCGUACUACAUCAAAGACGAACCUACACCAGAACUGCCACCAAACAAGAGGGCAAGAACGGAGCCUGCGGAUGAGUCUGCAAAGGCGGGAGAGCACAGUGGUGAGGGUGGGCAGCAUGAUGUUGAUGACCAGAUGCCGUUCGCCGUCGACUACGAUGACGGCGCUCCAGUCCAAGGAUAG